CCGACGGCGACGGAGGAUGCUAACGAGCGACGAGAACGCGCUUCUCAACGCUGCACGAGAUGGCAAAUUGGCUCAAGUCCAAUCGUAUCUCAACCAAGGCGUCAACGUCAACUGCAUGGACAACAAUGGUUAUACGCCACUGCACACGGCUGCUUCCAGCGGUCAUGUGGACGUCGUCCGCCUCUUGCUUGAAAAAGGCGCCAAUGUGAAUGCCUGUGGCCCGAAUGGUUAUACGCCACUGCACACGGCUGCUUCCAGCGGUCAUGUGAACGUCGUCCGCCUAUUGCUUGAAAAAGGCGCCAAACUGGACACCGAAAACAAGGAUGGCCAAACACCGCUUGAGGUCGCAGAAGCACGCAGUUUUGAUGAUCCAGUCGCAAAGCUUUUCCGCGACUAUGUUCACAUGCAAGGCGAAAAUCAGCUCUUUGACGCAUUGCGAGAGAAGCGCGUUGAUGACGCCAUGCGCCUUCUCCAAAACGACUAUAUACGUGCCAACCUCCGCGACAACUCUGAGACGCCAUUGCUGCACUUGGUCGUGUCGACGCAGGAUCUGUCGCUGCUUCAAAAAAUGCUUUCAAAACCUGACCUCGAGAUCGAUGCCAAAGACGCGACGGGCCGCACAGCCCUCGCAGUCGCCAUUACCGCUGACAACGCAGAGGCAGCUCAAGCGCUGUACCAAGCUGGCGCAUCCAUUCUUCUCGUCGAUAUCACGCCUUGCGCCUCGCGUCUAUGUUCUUCAACGCCAGUCCUGAUCGCCGCUUUGCGCCAAGCAGCAUCCGCCAACGACGACAAAACGGUGGCUCAACUAUUGCGUUUGGGCGUGAGCUGCUCACUGGGCGACGAGAAAGGCGCGACGGCGUGGCAUGCGGCGGCUGCAGCGGGGCACCUGUCCGUCCUCACGAUGCUGCUCCAAGGGACCAAGGAAGAGAGUGGUAUCAACGCGACCAACCACGUACACUCUACUUCGUUUCGAGUGUGUUGA